GACGCCGGCGAUCAAUUUCUAUAUUGGACGACGCCGAAUCCCUGCCGGCACGUUCCCGAGCUUGCUUUCCCAUGGAUCCAGCAACCUUCGAUAGGGAGAGGCAUGUGGCCUUCCUGGAGAUGAUGCUGGAGCGCUUGCCGGAAGAGUACGAGUCACAGGAGAUCAACCGCCUCACAAUUGCCUACUUCGUCAUCUCUGGACUUGCUGUUCUUGACGCCUUAGAUCGGGUUAACAAGGAUCAGUUGGUCAGAUGGGUUUUGUCAUUUCAAGAACAUCCUAAAAGCGAUGCUGAUCUUAAAAAUGGACAAUUCUAUGGAUUUGGUGGUUCCGCACCUCCAAACACUUUAGUUGAUGGUGAAAGGGUUUCUGGUAACAAUUGUAGCCACCUAGCCAGCACAUAUUGUGCCCUUGCCAUCUUGAAAAUUGUUGGUUACAGUUUCUCAAAUUGUUGUAUUGAACCAAUAUUGGUUUCGAUGAGAGAGCUUCAACUGCCUGAUGGAAGCUUUAUGCCCAUUCAUACUGGGGCAGAAGCAGAUCUUCGAUUCCUAUAUUGUGCUGCUGCAAUCUGUUUUAUGUUGAACAAUUGGACUGGAAUGGAUAAAACGAAGGCAAAGGAAUAUAUACUCAAGUGUCAGUCUUAUGAUGGAGGCUUUGGGCUCGUGCCUGGGGCGGAGUCCCAUGGUGGUGCAACGUACUGUGCAGUGUCAGCUCUCCAUUUGAUGGGUUAUUUGGAAACUGCCAUCAUAUCGAAAUUUUCUCAACGAUGUGUCAUUGAUGUGCCACUUUUAGUGGAGUGGAGCUUGCAGCGGCAAUCAGUUGAUGGAGGAUUCCAAGGCAGGGCCAACAAGCCCAGUGAUACUUGUUAUGCAUUUUGGGUUGGUGGCGUUCUGAAGCUCUUGGGUGGAUACCACUUCUGCAACAAAGAAGCUUUGCGCAGUUUCUUACUUUCUUGCCAGUCUAAGUUUGGUGGGUUCAAAAAAUUCCCAGAUAUUACAUAUCCUGAUCUCUACCAUUCCUUCUACGGAUUUUCUGCAUUAAGCUUGUUGGAAGAACCUGGACUUAGGCCUCUUCAGGUUGAAUUAGGAAUCCCCCUUUUAGUUGCUGCUGGAAUCUGAAUGCAAUCUAAUCUUUCACGUUCCAUUAAUUAUCAGCUUAGCUGCUUGAUUGAAGGAUGAAGUUAUUCAGCUAUAUCUCUAGCUUCUUUUGUGAAACUAUUUAUUUUUUUUCUAGUAAUAUGAAAUGUUUAAAUCAAAUUCCUAUCUCCUCUGUAUUAUGAAUUUCACUGUUUCAUUCUUUAUUGACCGGAGAAUGUUGCAGAUAUUAAGUGUUUGCUGGAAAG